AUUUAGAGCACCCAUCCACGUUUAGUGGAAUGCAACGAUGGUGGAUCUGUGAAAUAUGCGUUUAUGCAUACCAGAGGAGCGCAUUCUAUGUUUGAUAUUAGUAAUUAACAUCUUAACCUUACUUUUUCAUGGAUAUAUACUUAAAAUGUUUACUUUAAGGAAUCUAUUUCUAAGAACGAAUUUGAAAACUUUAAGUAAUAUAGUUCAACAAAAUGGCAUGUCUCAAUAUCCCAGUUACUAUAUUAAACCUGUUUACAUUAAAGAAGCUCAGGAAGAAUUGAUAAAAAGUGGAGAAUUUCAAAAAUUAUCUCAUUUGCCAACACGAGCAGCUUUAUCGGAUCAAACCUGCUCAUUGGCUCACGAUCCAUUAGUAAACUUAAUGAUAAAUUAUUGUAUGAAAGAGGGAAACAAAGUUCUUGCUAGAAGUUUAUUAGAGCAAUGCUUUGAAGAUAUAAAAAGAUUGCAGUUGGAAAAAUAUCAUAAAGCCAAAAGUGAAGAAGAAAAAUUACAGAUCAAUUUAAAUCCCAGAGAUAUUUUUCAUAAAGCUGUAGAAAAUUGUAAACCACUAUUACAGCUUACACCAAUCAAAAGAGGCGGAAUAAAAUAUCAAGUGCCUGUACCAAUCACAGAAAAAAGAGCACAAUUUCUAUCUAUGAAAUGGUUAAUAGCAGCAGCGAAUGACAAAGAUAGACCAGUGAGGUUCCAUUUGCAAUUGGCUCGAGAAUUGAUAGAUGCUUCUAAUAAUACAGGGAGAGUUAUAAAAAGAAAACAGGAUCUUCACAAGCAAUGCGAAGCGAAUAGAGCGUAUGCUCAUUAUAGAUGGAGUUAAUUUUUACAUUUGUGUGUGUGUAUAUGAGUAAAGUAUGAUUUCAAAUUAAAUGUUCAUACUAAGUAUACCAUCUCUUUAUC